AUGUUGAAAGUUGGAGUUCCGAUCAUGCUUCUGCGAAACAUAGACCAAGCGGCUGGUCUGUGUAAUGGGAUCCGGUUGAGAGUUACUCAUCUUACUCAGUAUAUAAUUGUUGUGACUGUUUUAUCAAGAAUCAGGCAGGGUAAAAGUAAAACUGAGUACAUUCUGAGGAUAACCUUAACGCCUUUUGACUCUGGUCUUCCCUUCCAAUUCUCUCGAAGGCAAUUCCCGAUGACUUUAUGCUUCACGAUGACUAUAAACAAGAGUCAAGGCCAGUCCCUUUCUCAUGUCGGUUUGUACCUUCUGAGGCCUGUGUUUACUCAUGGAAAGUUGUAUGUCGCUCUCUCAAGGGUGAAGUCUAGAAAAGGGCUUAAGGUGCUUAUUGUGGAUGAGCAAAGGGUAGUUUCGAGCUCCACGCGCAAUGUUGUCUACAAAGAAGUUUUUGAGAACGUGUGA